AUGGCCUCUCACUCCGAUGACCACGAUUAUCACCCCAAGGAUGCGCUUCAGGCAUCCUUGAAGACCACCAUGCUCACUGGUGGAGUGGGUCUCUUCGCCUCCGCCGUUCAGAACACCCUGACUAAGAAGAACGUCGGACCCUGGGGUGUGUUCACGAGGACUGGCGGCACGAUCGGUAUUUUCGCCGCCAUGGGAGGUACCUACGAGUUUGUGAAGACUGCUUCCGCCAACCUUCGUCAAAAGGAAGACCACUACAAUGUCGCCCUGGGAGGUUUCUUCUCCGGUGCUAUUCUCGGACUUAGACUCCGCACUUUCCCCGCCGUCCUCGGUUACGGUGUUGGCCUGGCCGUCACCCUCGGCGCCUUCGAAUACGCCGGUGGCUCUCUCUUCGGUCAGCGGCGGGAUCCGACUGUCGACGAGUUCGAGCGCCGGGAGAAGAUCAGAACGGCAUACAGAACCUCCGGAGAGGAGACUUUGGCUCAGCUGGGUGAGGGACGAGGCAUCUACGGCCCUGGCUAUGCGGAGAGACGGGCGCAGAGAAUUAAGGAGGCAUACGGUAUCGAGGUUCCCACAUCGUCCGCUCCUGCAUCAUAG